CUACGUGGUGCUGGACCUGAUGGAGAGCGACCUCCACCAGAUCAUCCACUCAGGCCAACCCUUGACCCUGGAGCACGUCAGGUACUUCCUGUACCAGCUGCUGCGCGGCCUCAAGUACAUCCACUCGGCCAACGUCCUGCACCGCGACCUCAAGCCCAGCAACCUCCUGGUCAACGAGAACUGCGAGUUGAAGAUCGGCGACUUCGGGAUGGCCCGGGGGGUGGGACCACCAGAUCCUCACCAAUCCAAGCCCUUCCUCACCGAGUACGUGGCCACCAGGUGGUACCGGGCCCCGGAACUUCUCCUGUCCCUGCACCGCUACUCGCGCGCCAUCGACAUCUGGUCCGUCGGUUGCAUCUUCGCCGAGAUGUUGG